UCCACCACGACAUCCCGCCAAGUUAAUACGCUGACCUUCAUGUCAUGUUGACCCUCUACAAUGUCUGGCACCAGCGAUGCUAGCACGACCGAUGUCGACUCUAGUCCCUCCGACGCGACCACAGCGCCGCCUUUGUCGGCUCUCUUUCUGAUCAAGUUCGACCAGAAGGUAGGCUACUCAAUUGCCUGGAAGCGAUCGGCUGCCAAUGUUGUCCUUGAUGGCACCGUCGAGUUCAAAUCCCUCCCUUCCGGCCUACAUACUGUAAAAGAGGACCUUGUAUACUUUGUGCACGAGGGGUACGCUGGCCUAAGCGCAUUUGUGAAUGGACCGGGUUCAGAGGCGGAGCGCAACGCACACCUUGUUGCAGUGGGCAUCUUGGUGCCAUUGAGUUAUGGAAGGCUUGGACGGAGCUGGCUCCAUGCCCAAGCUCUCCAGAACUUAGCUGCGGUAUUGGUCGACGAUGUGUCCAGAACCGAACCCUUAGAAACAUACUGGGAGAAGCACGGAGCGAAUGGCGACGGGGACACUCAAAACCUCAAGUCUUCCACCAUAUCAUCCGGCUCAAACCCAAGUCCGUGGAAAACACAUAACAGGAGCCGCGCCCUUUCGAGUCUGGUUGCUGUCAUCCCUUCGGAGCAAUCCCUACCACCUUGGCAUCCUGCUUUGUCUAUUGUAAAAUACAUCGAUACCUUUGGUCCCUUAGUAUUCCCUUUACAACGGGCUGCUCUGCUUCGGAAGCGGAUUCUGUUCAUGACGUCCGCGCCUGUCCGACCGGCCUGCGAAUUUGUGUACGACCUUUCUAUUCUCUCGAGUAUUCCCGGAUCCGUUUCCGAGCUUCUUCCUCCUGGCUCGGAGUCUCUUCACAGGCUCCGUUCCCUAUUCACAUUAGGUAUACACGAUAUACCGCUUCUAGAAAAAAUGUCGGUCCCGCAUGGUGCACCAGGAGCAACCCAAAACCCAGAUGAUGACGACACUUACGGCUGGGUUGCUUGCACGACCGACGAGAUAUUAACAAUCAAGCAAAAACUAUACGAUAUCAUUGUCGAUAUACCACCUACUCCGAACAACACAACGGAAACUAAACGAUGGUCGACUAUCAAGACAUCAGAUGGAGCAGAGAUCAAAGCUUCACAGAGAGAUCUAAGACGCUUCAAGCUUCUUUACCACGAGCUAUGGAAGAUCCGGCACCGUGUGCAAUCCGACCAUGACGACGGAGACGAAGACACGGAUGACCGUACCUCUUUAUUACCGCACGACUCUGAAAACGAGAGCGAAGACGAAAGCGACGAGGGCUACGACGACAAGCUCAUUGAGCCAAUGACAUGGGCUCAACUCGCCUACUCAGGCUUUAUGUGGUGGGCGUCUGCCGGCGAAAAGGACUCCUACCUAACGGAAGAAGCGGAUGGUGACCGAGAAAUCCUCGGCGACAUCUCCGACUUCGUGCCCGGCGGCAUGCAUAUGGAGAGCAACGGUGCAGACCCCAUGACAGCGAGUGGGCUCGCCCAGACGGGACUACACACUGCUAUAAUCGCCUACUUCCACCGCUUAACGUCGCUCAUGGUAACUACGCUGGCCGACUUGAUCGAGUGCUCGGAUGACGAGGACCUGACUGGAGAAGAGAACACGGUUCUGCAGGUGACGAGCGAAGAUAUCGCGAGGAUGGGCUUGGAAGCGUGGAGCGAGUCGGACAAGGCGUUUGCGAAGGAUUUCCUGAUGACGUACUUUGGCAGGGAGGCGGAGGUGCAUGGGGCUAGUCUGGAGUGUUGUGGGAUUAGGAUCUGCUAGGGCGCUUGAAUACGGCUGGAGUUGGAGUACAGUACAGUAGCAU